CCGGUGAGCGCGCCGUGACGCACGUGUGCUCUCCGACGCCAUCUUGAACGCUCCGAUACCUCCCGCAGAGAAAACGUAUAUAAACUGCUAAUAAUAACGUCAUUCAUCAUGGAUAAGUUGAUGAGUCGCGAUUUGUGACGCAAAUUAAUUCUAUUACAGUGCUUUGUGGUGAUCUGUGUCUGUGAUGUGCUUGCUUGGAUUUGCCAAACAUUGGAUGGAGAUGGCGUAGUAAAGCAGCGACAGAUAUCCCUCACAAAUGUUAAUAAGCCUGAUGGAAGGCGACACGAUAACCACGAACACUCUCAUAUCAUCCAUAAAAAAAUUCAACAGCGACGGCAGGCAACACGGCACUAUAAAAGCUCUAUUGAAGAACUUCAUAUUACCAGAAACAGAAAUGGCUAUAAAAGAAACUCAAAACAAUGGCAAUAAAUAUAUAUACUCAAUACCUGCUAAACCGCCUUUACCCACAAUGACGGAUCGAAUGAAAUCAAUAAAUGACGCAAAACAGGCAUUCUUAAAUUCCACGGUCAGCUCCCCUGCACCUGUCACUUAUCAAACAGAGAAGGAUAAACAUACAGUCCACUACGCACAAAUCGCUAUAACAACAGAUAGUGAAGACUCCAGGAGCACUGGCGGAGGGCGAGGCAUGAAGCAUUUGAUCGCUACAAAUAACAAACAAUACAGCAUUCCAGUUAAUGUAUCCCCGAGUAUAAGGAAACCAAUGGAACCACAACAGAGAAAAGUCAGCUUUAAAAUAAAAAAUGCCACUACUUCUUAUAAACGACCACCCCUAGCUAAAACGAUGACUAUAACAAGCAGUAAAGUAGCAGAACUAACAAAAAAAUUCAACAACUUAGAAUCGGAGUCACAUACAUCAUUCAAACAAUCGAAACUUGCAAAAACUUUAGAGGAAUUACAAUCGGCAUCACGAUGUUCAGCCAGUAACAGCUCCACACCGUCGUCAACACUCAGCUCAAGUCCAAACAUUAAAAUUGUACUGCGACACAGGCGAGGUUCCAAAAAGCGCAACAACAGAAAACGAUGUUCAAGUAUGGAAUCAGUCGACGAUUUACUAAUUGCAGACAGUUCAAACAAGAUUCGCAUUAUACGGUCCAAAUCCGAUGGUACAAAAAUGCCGAAAACUACGAAGAAACGUUUAAAGUAUCAAGAUUCAAGCGAACAACCGAGUGGAUCAGAUUCUGUUGAUGGUAGUCCGAUAAAAGUUAAAGAAGUAGAAGCAAAAAAAGACUCCAAGCCAACAGAAAGUAAUGUAGUUAAAAAUGUUAUUAAGAAAUUCGAAUGCGAAAUUACAGCUCACUCAAAUUCCAGCAAUACGUUCAAAAGAUUACCUGAUAAAACUACGAGUACAACACCUGUUAAAGAAAAACCAAAAGUACCUGAAAAGAAAUCAUCACUAGUGUUAACCAAAAACCUUGUUGUGAAGGAUGGCAUUCCAAAAAUAAAGACGAUCAAACCCAUUAUAAAUGAAUUAGCCAAGCUAGAUAAUACAAAGGACCAAAGCCCACAAACUGUUAAGAGGAAAGAACCCCUGUACGACCGAAAAAGGUACAAAACGAACUACAUACACUCUGAGAAAUUACCUUUAAAAGUCGUUGAAAUAAUACCAGAAGAUAUUCACGAAGGCAAUGCAGUAACAGUUACAGUUAGUAAUGACCAGAAAGAAGAAGUUCCAACAAUUAACAUCAUUACGUCUAAUGAAGGAGAAAAAGCAUAUCAGGAUAUCAACUCAUCAAUUACUCCUAACGAAUCAUUCCUGUGGCGCCGGAAAAGUAGUAGUAGUACUCAAAUUUAUUCAGAUUCUGAAAAAUCGGAUAACUCAUAUAGCUUCGUUAGUGUUACUAUGAAUGGCUCGACGAUUAGUUGCUCCGAUGAACCACAAGAAACCGCCCCAGAACAAUCUCAAGUUGAAUCAAAUGAAGUUCAAGUGAAUGUAUCCACUAGUGAACAGAAAUUGGAAUCCAGUGAGGAUUUUGAAUGUAAUCUCGUUGAAGCUUGCAAUAAUGAAAUUAUAAUAGGUUUCACGUCUAAGCCCAAACAAGAGGAAGUAGAAGAUUAUUACGAACCUUUAGAACCAAGAGACAACGAAAACAUUGUUGUCAUUCCGAUUAAAAGUGUAGACAGGACUUCUAAAAUUAAUUGUCCUUUGCCGGAAAUUCCUAAGAUUGAUAAAAAUGUGGACGAAGAUGACGCUACGGAAAAAGACAAUAUUUACCAAUGCCUACUAGAAAUGAGAUCACAUCCCGAAGGUGAUGAAAGUAGUCUACAUAACUAUGAGCUUUGCGAUAACGAACUUGAAGAGAGAACUCGUGGUGAUGGUGACAGUGACGAUGGGUAUGAAUACUGCAAGUCACCUGACAAACCUUACUGCUUAACUUCCAGCUCUGGUAUUCAAAUAGCCGAAGAUUUCCAGCCCUUUGGCAAAAAUAACAACAAAAACUACAAGAUCUCAAAGUCAGUAAGUGGGACAUCUACUGUAAGCUAUGAAAAAAUUGGGUCAGAAAGAAUUUAUGAGAAAAUUCCUGCUAGGGCAGCAAAGUGUAAGGAUAGCAGUCCUACGUAUAGUAGCAGAAAUUCCUUUAUAUCUGACUAUACCGUGUACAACGAGAGCGAAAACAUAUAUGACACCAUAAAGCAUGGCGACGCAACAUCACUAUCGCACUGCUACGAGAGCAUACCUAACAGCCCAAGUAUGGUAAAACUGCGUAACGAUAUGAAGAAGGCGGUGUCCAAUGUGCAGAAGCGUCUCUCAUUUGACACUGUAUCGAACAUCAGCCAGUCGACGAUGUCCAGCGAGCAGAAGACCAACAGCCUGUACGGUCAGAGAUCGGUGAUCAGCUAUAACGGGCAGGAGAUCGCGUUCCAAGUACCCAGUAGCGAGACCAGUGUGAGCGAUAGGAGCGAUCGCAGCGACGACUGGGUCGACGUGUCCGACGAAGAAAAAAAUGAACAGAAGAUCAUUAUUGUGCGCGAGAGAAGUCGAGGCAGGAAGAGUCCGAUAAGCUGGUCGCAGAAAGUUCGACAUCAAUGGCAGAAGUCGCCGAAACCAAACGACGUUGAUAAAGAAUGUGACAGCAGUGAUUCUGGCCACUUGUACGAGUCGCUGGAGCCGGCGCCCGCGCUCCACCCCCCGCACUCCGCCCCUCCCCUGCCCCUGGAGGAAGACUUCGACUCCUUCGACAGUGAUACGGACACUGAUGAUCACGAUAAGUCCUCGUACGCCCCUGCAGCACCCACGUUACCCGCAUCGAGACUUCCCAACCCGCCUACUGGCGGAGGACAAUACACCCUGACGAAAAUAGCCAGCGCAGCGCAAAGAAAAAUGAGGCAAAUCAAGAGAAAUCUCACUAAAAGAUAUUCCGUGGCGAUGGACAACAAACCGUUCACGAAGGCGGCUAACAACCAGACGAAUAUCUAUGACACGGCGAAGAAAAAAACCCCUAUAUACGCCAACUGUGAGAGACAAGAGCCAGUGUACACGAAUAUCAGCUUUAACGACUCACGAACUGUGCUAAAUAAGACUGAAACUCCCUUGACAAAGGUGUAUGGGUCGUUGAAAGAAGAACUGAAGACUGCUAUUUCUGACAAGAGGGGUAGUAAUGGGGACGUGCCACCUCCGCUGCCGGACAAGCCUCCUCCUGAGAAGCCGGUGACGCCCACCAGUGAGACCAGUAAGAAGGAUGGUGGGACGCUGUCGAGGAAGGCGUAUUUCUCAUUCAAGUCGAGAUUCCGACGCGCGACGUCGCUGGCUGUUGACAUCAAUUCCGAUGUACCCAGUGCCCUCAAGAUCACCAAUUCAACUUUCUACUUGACUGACUCGAUGGAUGGUGACUCUGGAUUUAGCAAUUGCAGCGACAGCGGGCAGCCAGGCAGCACAGAGACGCUGUCACCAGAGAGCGCACCCCGUCGCCGCGACGGUAGGCGGCGCCUCGCCGACUCCUCCCCCUGCCUGUGCCCGCCCGCGCGGCCGGCACUGCCCCCGCCGCCGCCGCCCCCCGCGCCCGCCGCACCCCCGCCCGCGCCCGAGCCGCCCGCCACUGACUUUAGCGCUGUCAACGAAGAACUGAAGCGGCUGCUGCCGACGCUGUCGCGCAAGGACAAGAGCCCGCGCGCGCGCACCUCGUGGUACGCUGAGUGCGGCGCCGACACCACGCCCAGCUCGACGCCUAACACUUCCACUACUUCUUGGUACGCUGAAGCAGGGCUAUACCAGGCAGGGAACAUCUCGUCAUCAUCAGGGGCGUCGUCAGGGUCGCACCCGGCCAGCCCGCUGCCACACUCACUCUUCACUCACGAACCACUCUACCAGUUCUACAACGCAGCUAAAGUUGAGUCGGUGUGUCGUGAGACCGGGGACUCUGACUCGGACGCUUACGAGGCAGGGUCUCAGCGCAGCGCCAACACUUCAGCGAGCGAGUCUGCGCCCUCGCGACCCUCGGCAAUGGCGCUGGUGGCGCCGCGCGGCCCCUCGCGCACUCUGUGGUGCGAAGUGCCGGAGGUCCUCAAUUCUGCUGUGCUUAGUUCCCUAGCCCCGGCACAGAAGCGUCUCCAGGAAGCGAAGUUCGAGCUGCUGACAUCAGAGGCGUCGUACCUGAACUCGCUGAACGUGCUGGAGGCGAACUUCAUCGCGCACCCCGCAUUCCGCGACCCUCAUAUCAUGCCGCGAAAUGACUGGGAGACACUCUUCGCUACUAUACUACCUGUUCGUAAAUGCUCGCAGCUGCUAAUGAACGAGUUGGAGAAGUGCUGGCAGGACAACAUCCUGCUGCAAGGCAUUUGCGACAUCGUACGGCAACAUGCGGAGCAGCACUUCAGCGUCUACGUCAAGUACUGCGAGAAUCAGGCACUCAUGGUCAAAGCGCUGCAGCGGCUGCAAACCAAACCUGCCUUCGCGAAUGCGCUUAAAAAACUAGAAAGCCACCCCUCGUGCCAGUCCCUCUCUCUGCACUCGUUCCUGAUGCUGCCGAUGCAGCGCGUGACGCGGCUGCCGCUGCUGAUGGACGCCGUGCUCAAGAACCUCAACAGCGAAGACCUGGAGUACCACGCCUGCGCCAGGGCACUUGUCACGCUUAAUAACUACGUGUCCCAGUGCAACGAGGGUGCGCGGAACACAGAGCGAAUAGAGGAGAUGUGGCGCCUCUGCCGCAGCAUCGAGUUCCCCGCGCACGUGCGCCAGCCGCCCGCGCUCGGGCCCGCCUGCUCGCGCCGCGACCGCCGGCCCGUCCGUUGGCUGGUGCGAUCGGGCGAGAUGACGCAGCUGGUGUGGAAGUCGGACGAGCUGAAGCUCACGUUCGGCAAGAAGUUCCACAAGGUGCCACUACACCUGUUCCUGUUUAACGACCUGCUGGUCAUCGCCAAGAAGAAGGGCGAGGAGCAGUUCGUAUGCGUGGACCACUGCCCGCGCUCGCUGCUGGAGGUGUGCGCGAGCGACGCGGGCGCCGCCGCCGCCAAGCACGCGCUGCUCAUCACGCUGCUCGAGAACCACGAGGGACGGACGCUAGAGAUGCUGAUGUCGUGUCCAAGUGAGACGGAGUGGUCUCGCUGGGCGGAGGCGCUGCUGCCGCCGGCGGCGGGCGAGGGCGAGGCGGUGUACGCGGGCUGGGACUGCCCGCAGGUGUGCGCGCUGUACGCGUACGCGCCCGCGCAGCCCGACGAGCUGCCGCUCGCUGAGGGGGACGUUGUUAAUGUCACCAGGAAGACUAGCGAAGGCUGGUACUACGGGUCGCGCACGCGCGACGGCGAGGCGGGCUGGUUCCCCGGCGCCUACACCGCCGAGAUCGCCUCCCCGCACGUGCGCGCGCGCAACCUGCGCCAGCGCUACCGCCUGCUCGCGCUCUCCGGCACCUACCUCGGCCAGAGGAAGCGGAACAUGUAGCACGUGCUAAGCAAACUGCGACUCACAACACACAACAUAUUUCAGCAUUCCCUAGGAAAUCAAAACUUAAUGGCCGCUCGGGAAAUCUCUUCGCUGCGUAGAAACCGUUUUUACGUUAUCGCGGAAAAAGUCCGAAGAGAUAUGGCCACUAAUAAGUAUGCCCAAAAAUUUGUCAUCAGCCGCCAUUAAGUUUGACGGGAACUAACCCAGGGGAUGACUCAAAUAAGCAGUUCAGCUAAAGGUGAAAAUAGUGCUAUUGAGGUAUAGACCUAAUGACCAAGUGUUUAGACGACAAACGUCACAAUAACGGUGCUUAAUCUGCCCUCUAUCGGCUGUUGUGUCACGCAUUUACUGCACAGCUGCAAGUCACUGCUACGGGAAAUGUAGUGAUUAUUUCAAGUGCUAGUGUUUCAAUAUCAUCACAUUAGAAUCUCACGAUUAUCUUAGGAAAUUGUUCUAAACUUCUUCCUUGUAAUUAAUAAAAAAUUUUGUAUUAUAAAAUUUUGAAUUUUUGGAGACAUGGUCCGUCCAGUCACUGCCUUAUGGAGGCAUAACUGUUAUAUCAGUAUACAGGAAUAUCAGUUAUGAACUAUGUAUAAUAUAUCGGCUUCGGAUCGAAGCGAUCCGACACGGCCAGGUGCUCACUUGUGAUAGUUCCGCUGUGUAGCCAGAACAAAAACAUUCAACUCUUUUUAAAUAUAUUAUAUUACACAAAUAUAUUUCCGUUUUAACAAUAUUAUAUUUAAAGACAGUUUUAUGAAUAAUAAAAUGAAUUUAUCGAUCAGUUAUUAAUAAUUAGCGCUCUGCUUACGGUAGUUAAGUAAUACGUAGAUAUAUCAAGUGUACAGUUACGUAUGAGAUUCGCAGCAGUUUAUUGUACAGUAUAACAUUGUAAGACAUUUACUGAUUAGGUUAAGUUAUGUAUCGUUAAAUAACGCUUCACUUGCCCGCUGUAUUCGAAAAUUGCCUAGUCAUAACUAGCGGAUGAGUUGAUCAUGAAAUUAUCAAGUUAUUUAGUCAACAUUCCUUGGCUAGCACUAAGCUGGGACUACAUUGGCUUAUGGGCUAUAUAUUACCCCCUAAGUAAAAGGUUCUUCGUGGAAUAUUUGAUAAUAAUCUACAAUGUGACGUAGGCAGCCAAGUCAAUGUACUCUCCGGUUUAAUCUCGCACCAUAUCAUUAACAAGUAAAAGUUACGAUUGUAUUGUAUGUACUUAAGUAAAUUAUUGUGUAUAUAGAAUUAAGAAUCAAAUGUAACAAAUCAUGGAUGUUAUAUAUUUAUGGUAUGAUAAUAAAUGUAAUUACAUAAUUA